AUGGGUGGUGUUUCCGUUCGCGAUGUGGACGCUCAGAAGUUCAUUGCCGCCUACUCGGCUUUCCUGAAGCGUCAGGGCAAGCUCCCCAUCCCCGGCUGGGUCGACACUGUCAAGACCUCUGCCUCCAACGAGCUCCCCCCCCAGGAUGCUGACUGGUUCUACGUCCGUGCUGCCGCCGUCGCCCGCCACAUCUACAUGCGCAAGACCGUCGGUGUUGGCCGUCUCCGCAAGGUUCACGGUUCCACCAAGAACCGUGGUGCCCGUCCCGCUCACCACGUCGAUGCCUCCGGCUCCGUUGACCGCAAGGCCCUCCAGGCUCUCGAGAAGAUCGGUGUCCUCGAGGUUGAUGAGGAGAAGGGUGGCCGCCGCAUUACCCAGUCCGGCCAGCGUGAUCUUGACCGUAUCGCCAAGACCACCGUUGACGAGGAUGAGGAGUCUGACGAGGAGUAA